CUCACAACCCCGCUUGAUGCGCCAGCGUCGUCGACUCUUCGGCCACAUCAGCCACCUCCUUUCAUCUCGACAUACUUUUCAUGGUAAUGGCCAUGUCUCCCUCCGAUUACCUCUCCGCAUUCGUCAUUGCGCCAGUCUUUAUAACCGAUGUGGACCACCUCGCGCGGACCGUUGAUGCUCCAGCAUCGGAAAGCGGACCACUCUUCCGUCUGAUGUUCCCUCGUCGUCCGGGCGCCGAGUUCUCAGAGCAACAGAACGACGAGAUUAUUCGAUGGCAUGCCGAUGGUAUCAAGGAUGCCAUCAUGGACGGUCGAACGCAGCUUCGGAAAAUAUGCCACAAUGAUGGAACCGUUGUCGGCUUGGCCGGAUGGGUUGUGGAACGAGGUCCGGAAGCAGAAGCCGAUUCAUACAAAAGUAGGAACGCCGGCAACGAGAGAGAAAAAGAGGACUGGCUCCCUGGUGUGCUAGACGUAUCCCCUUGGUUAGAAGUGUCAUCAGUCUUGAGGGAAGAGCGGCACAGGGUCAUUGGGCAUCUUGCAAACGUAUGCCGAAUAACGAUCAUGUCCAUUUCUCCAGACUACCAACGCCAUGGACUCGGCUCGAUGCUAAUGCGCCGCAUUUGCGAAGACAUCGAUCGCCAUGACCGGUAUGGCUAUGUCCUGGCGUCGCCAGCCGGAGUGAAGCUCUAUUCCAAAUUUGGCUUUGAAGCUGUUGGUCAAGUUGACACGCUUCAUGGUCCCAUCAUCAGUAUGUUACGCCAGCGCACUAUCAUGCCCCAUUAGAGACAAGGAGAGCUCGGAUAGUUGUGUGGUUGAGAAGCCUGCGAGAACAGAGCCCUGAGGUACAGCAUGCCAACAUCGAACCCCUCUCCCCUAUUGACCGAGAAACGGACGU